UUCGGCUUUGGCGCUUCCACUACUACUAACACAAGCACCUCCCCGACCUGGGGCUUCGGCCCUACCUUGCAGGGUUGCAUGGGUCCUCCUGCGCCUGCCUCUUCGAACAAAUCCCCGAUUUCACCUGUAUUCGUCCAAAAGCUCCCCGCCGUAUCUCCGCCCACCGGCCUCGUCUUCGCCUCCGUCUCCACCGACGCGACUGGCAAGCAGACGACCAAGAAGAUACAAGACCCCACCCACAUCCUAGACGGCGAUAUCCACAUAGUUCGUAUCUACCUCUCGCUCGAAGACCUCCCUCCCUCGCCCCUCCACGACAUCCUCAUCAACUUCCAGAACCAAGGCCAAAACCCACUCCAAGAAAUUCAUCUCUGUAUCCGCUCGCUCCUCCGCCCAUGUCUCCAGGACAUCUACGAGGAUCGUAAACUAGAAGAGGCCAUGUUGUUCAUGGUCUAUCAGUGGUUUGGCUUUGGCACCGCGGUCAAGUUCUUCUUCCACCGUCCUGGUGUAGACGCUGAUCGCGACCGCUUCCAGAACUUUGUCGAGAAAGACUUUGUUCGCGCGGUUCAGGGUUUG